AUCAAAAAUUAAAAAUUAAAAAAUUCACAAAAAUCAAAAUCAAAUCUUUUCAAAGAAUUUUAUUGCAGUAAUUUACACAAUUUUAUAAAACACUUUCAAGGUAACCCGAGAACCAACGGAGUCAGGUUUGUGUAACGUAGAAUCAAUUAUUUAUUAGUACACUUUAGGUGUUGUUUUUCAUUGGAACUUGAAAAAUUAACCUGGAAGUAGUAUAAAAUCUUAUUAAUAAUUCUUUGAUCAUCUAAAACAAGAAAAAUGUUGAAGACGUGGAUAAUUUGUAUAAUAAUAGCAAUAGCCCUACCAAACCCUGGCCUUGGAGGUCCUGUGCCUGAACCCCAAAAAAUACCGAACACAACUCUCGAUGUUGUAUUGCAAAAGUUUCCCAGUUUGGACAAAAGCAAGUUAGAUCCAAACCUUAUCGAUGUACUGAAUAAAACGUGUGCAGAUUGGCAAGCAAUAAAUUCAACAAGUUCUGUAACUAGGCCGGGAGAUAGAAAUGCCCAAUGUCUUGUCCUAUAUGAAAGUUUGGCCACGUUUUGUUUAAAAUUUGGCGAGUCGUUACCUAAGUACUUGGGUUACAUUCCAAGCCUUGUGCCCAAAAAUUUGAAUGUUACAAUACAAAAUAUUUGUUCAGAUACAGACGGUUUAUAUUCUUUAAAAGAUGCUGAGCACAAUAUUUCCAACAUAUUACAGCCAGAAACGAAACCUAUAAAUUGUUACUUAUUAUGUAGCGGUUUUGGAUAUAAAGGUGCUACAAUAAUACAUGAUACUUGUAAAUAUUCCUACUUUUUCACAUCAUUUGAGGCUAGUAAAUUUUUGGGAGAUAUAAAUGCAAGGUUGAAUUCAACAGUCUCACAAAAUAAAAUCGAACCCCAGCCAGUAAAAGCUGAAGUGCCUGAAACUGCACAAGAAAAUCAAGUAGUGCAAACCACAAAACAAACUGUAAAAGUAGAUAUAAAUGCACAAGCAGUCAAAGAGGAUCAAAAAAAUGCUGAAGUAAAGGUCGAGGCUCCUGCAAAAAGUAAAAACAUAAAUGAUGUACUUGAAGAAGUAGCUGGAAAACCAGAUGUAUCACCUGAAAAUGUAAAUCCCGUAGCUGAAAACCCAGAUUCAUUGGCUGAAAAACCUGAUAAAAUAGCAGAUGCACAAAUACCAGCCGCAGUAGCUGAACCACCAGCUGCAGUAGCAGAGAAUCCUUUAGAAGCAGAAGAAAAAAAAAAUAUCCCUGCACCAAAAGUUCCCAGUAACAAAAAUGAACUACCAGCUGAUGCUGCAAAUAACAAUUCUUUGGAGAGCAACGCGAACCAAGACGAUAUGGAGAAUGAAGAAGCAGAAGAAGCAGCUCUAGCUCAAGAAGAAGCUAAUGGCAAGGCUGAACCUGUUAUGCCCGAAGAAAUUGCUGAAAUUAAAACUCCAUCUAUCAAAGGAAAACCAAACACCGUCGAAGAUGACUCAGUCAGCAGCUACAACAUCCCCGAAGACGAUAUGGACGGAGAUUCGUAUUUCUUUUCCUAUUUCACAGUGCUUAUGUGCUUGGUGAUUGUUGGUUACGUAGGAUAUCAUAACAGACAAAAGAUUCUUGCUCUAGUUCUGGAAGGAAAAAGAGGCAAAAGAACUGGAAGGCAAGCCAGAAGACCAAACUCUUCGAAUUACCAUAAGUUAGAUAGUAAUCUUGAGGAGGCCAUAUCAUCUUCUUGUACAAAAAAUGCCAGCAAUGUAAUUUAUUAGUUUUUCUAAGGGGUCUACAUUGAAAUCAUUUUUAGCUAAAGAAAAAGAAUUUUCCACUUAUUUCUCAAAUCAGUUAAUAAUUUUUGACUAUAGCUAAAACAUGAUAUUUUGAUGUAGUGGUAUUUUGAACAAUAAUACUAAUGAUUUGCAUUUAUUUUGGGACUGAAAUUUUGAUGUUUAUAAGCGAGUUUUUUUCACAGCUAAUUAUCAUUCUUUUUUUGGUUGGGCCAGUGAAUACAACGUUGCAAUAAAAAGGGCGAUAUGUUGCCUUGACCACUUUCCUCUGGCAUAGUAUUGAUGUUUUGGUUUUAUAAAAAAAUAAAUACAAUAUUUUUUAGAAUAUUUUUCACUGUUCUACUGCUCAAUGUUCUAAAACAAUAAACAUUGAAACUCGAAUUGAAUGGUUGUUACACAAACAGUUUAAUCAUUGCUGUUGUAUUGGAACCCUCACUGCUUUUGUGGCAAUUGCAUAUUUCCAGUAUAUCGUUUUUCAAUUUUUUAAUAAAUUUGGCAGGUUUGUUGGUGAAUAUAAUUCAUUAUUUUUUUGGGUGGGAUUAUAAUAGAAACUGAAUUGAUCAUGGGUUAGGUACUUUAUAAUAAAAUUUCCCUCCAGUUUUUUGUUUGUAUAUUUGUGAUAUAAUAUCUUUAGAUAUGCCUAGAUUUAAUAAAAAUGAAUGGAAAAAAUGGGAUAAUUUUAAUUUUUA